CAACAGGGUUUAGAACUCUUGGACAAAGCAUGCACUGGUAACAAUGCAUUCUCCUGCUACUACAUAUCGGGUAUUUUCAUCCAGGGAGUGAAAGACGUCAUUGCCAAAGAUAUGAUAAAAGCUUUUGAUUACUCCAACAAAGCAUGCAAUUUGGGAAACAUGUAUGCUUGUGCUAAUGUCUCUCAGAUGUACCGGAAAGGAGAUGGAGUAGACAAGAACGAGGAAAAGAGUGAGGAGUUCAAGAAAAAAGCGCUUGAUCUCCAAAGAACCCAGUUAACAAGGAAAACAGAUGCAGAUUUUCAAAUUUCCCCAGCAAAGGAAAACCUAAAACCCAGGUCCAAUAGUUUUGGUGGCCUCUGA